UACAAAAUGGCCGUCGAAUAUUAUUUUCAUUCAUGGUGAUUUACGUGAUUUUGAUGUGUAAUUUGUUUGCUGCAAAUUAUUUCUAUAAACCAUGACUAGUUUAAUUGAUAAAAUUGAAUUACUUAUCAAAAGAGAAAAAACAACUCCAGAAAAGAAACAAAAAGAUGAUUCUACCAAGAGUUCUAGUGAAAUUCUUUCUGAACUGUUCAGUGCAUUUAACGCAGAUCCACCAAAAAUUGAUGAUGUUACGCUAAAAAAGUCUAAGAAAAGCAAGAAGAAACACAAGAAGGAAAAGAAAAAACGUAGCCGAAGUUCUAGCAGCAGUAGUUCAGAUGGUAGUGAUUACACUCACAGACACAAGAAGAGGAAAAAAAGUAAGUCCAAAAAACGCAAAGAUGAUCGUUCUCCCUCUCGCUACCGCUCAAGAACCCCUUUGCUAAAACCGGAUCCUGACACUAAAGUUAAAUUUGAGACUAGUUUUAUAAAAUCUGAAGAUUCAAAGGUUAAGAAGGAGGUAAAACCUGUAAUUAAGACUGAAGUAAAACGGGAAGUAUCUGUAAAAUGUGAGGACAAAAAUUCUGCAGAUCUUAUCGAUGCGAGUCUCAUUCCUAUGCCAGAGUCUCCCAAGAAUUCUUCUGAUGAAGCUAAAACAGCUGGUAAGAAAAAUGACACAAACCAAUCGGAAAGUGACAAGUCAAAAGGUAAAAUUCAGAUCAAAAACUUGAAAUUUAGUGCUGUAUAUGAAGAAACUGUUAAAAAAGCCGAAGAAGAAGCAAGAAAAAGGGCAGAGAAAUAUGAGGAGGGUGAGGUGAGUGAUUCCUCGUGUGAGUCAGUCAAAGAAAUUGUGGUCAAUUCACAAUUUCCCAAAUCAUCUGACCCGGGCGGGAUACUUAAAAAGCAAGCUGUUGAAGAAAUUAGAAUAUCUGAAGAAAUUAAAAGCAGUUCAAAGAAAAGUAAACACUCUGAUAAGGAAAGCCGCAGCAAAUCAUCCCGUAAGGACAAGAGCAGAGAUAGGAGUAGAUCUCGUAAAAGCAGAUCAAGAUCCCGUUCAGCAUCCCGCAAGCACCACAGGUCUUCUUCCAAGUCGCGUCACCGGAGUCGGUCUGCGCACAGGGACAGGACGAGGCGGCGGUCGCGGUCGCACACGCGGUCCCGUCAUCAUUCGCCAAGGCAUAGGGGUCGUAGAUCAAGGUCACCAACCGGCGUAAGGCUAGCGGACAGCGAGAAGAAGCGUCUCCUAGAAGUGGCUAGACGGAACGCCAUCAAUAUGCUCAAGAACGGCGCGGUGCCGGCCGGCGCCGCCGCGCUGCCGCCGCAUACUAGGAACCAAGUCAUGGCCGCCAUACAGUCGGGUGGUAAAUCAGUAGACGAGUUAACAGACUUCUGCAAACAUCUAUCAAAGAAAGAGGCACUUGGGGAGCUGUCUUCCGUUUCAUCGCACGAUGACGAUAUGAGCGAGAACGAAGAUACUCUGGCAUUCCACCAUCCUUUCCUUGUUAAGGAGAAAGCACCUAUUGUACUUAAUAUUAGGGGUGCUGCCCCGCUACCGAUCAAGUCGUCAACUCUACCCGUGGCCAACAAAGAAGAGCUGCGAUUACAAUUCCCCGUGUCCUCGGGAUCUCAGCACAGAGAGAAAGCAUCAGAAUGGGUUCCAGUAUCACCACCCAAGAAAGACAUGCAAGUGGCAAAACUCAAUUCAUCGAAAUCACACAAGGCUGAUAUUCCAGCUAUAGCUCCAGCAGAACUUACUACAACUUCAUCAAAGUCGUCUGGGCCCCUAGCACUACCAGCGCCGCCCACUCCUACGACCACUCCAUCUUAUAUGAAGAGUUUUACGUCCGGCUCGCAGUUGACGUCAGUUGUGAAUAUCCCAGCGCUUCCCGCCCCUGGGCCCCAAGCUUACCCACCAGGGAUCGAUCCACCGAAAAUUGAUAUGGCGUCAAUAGUGUCUCAAAAGAUAGCGAUGAUACGCAGAGAACAAGAACAGAAUGAGUUGACGGGUGUUACGUCACGAGGUUUCGGCUGGAGCUCCGACACGAGCCUGGGCCAGUUCACGGGCUCGACGGGCGCGCAGAUCCUGACGCCGCGCGAACUCGCCAGCGGCACGCAGGCCUGGGCCAAGAAGCUCAAAACGUCUUCGUUCGGGAUACGCGUUCACUGAUGCAGUUCCGGCGUCACGGUCAGAACUUAUAAUACAUAUUGUAUUAUGCUUUCUGACCAGUUAUUGAUAUUUUCAAGUGGUUACAACAACAUAGAAAUGUCAUUAGAUUUGUCAGAUUUCUAUUGGCCCAAAUGAAAAUUGACUACCCUAUUUCUUUCUCUAUUUCAAAUGCCCAUUUUCAAAGUUCUAAUUCAAAGAUGAAAUGGCAAUUUAUAGUCUAUCCAAUAUAUAGAUGAACUACACUGAAAUGUCCCACCGACGACAUUGACAGAAGGGCGCCACUAUCUUCGUUCAACUACAUGGUUUCCACCGUGGCAAAAAUCGGAACUAGCGAUCCGCUAUAGACGGUGGCCCCCUGUCAGUGUCAAAUAAAGGACAGUUCAGUGUAGUUCUACUCUAGCUUGAUUAGAAUGACGGCUGUCAAACGAAUGUGACUAGUGCUGGGUAUGUUUCGUACGGUUCACAUAGAUGUAUCGAUAAGUUUUCGAAAAAAUGAUAAAAAAAAAUGCACCCAAUUUUUCUUCAUAUCUUUAUUCAUAAAAAUGACAAUUAUGAUUUAAAUUUAAAGACAGUAAAAUUUAAAAUUCAUGUCAAGGGUGUACAACCUAAGUCGUAGUCAUUAUCAUCAGUGUUCUUCAGUGGUUUUUUCCUCUCGAUAGAGCAACGGUGCUAUGAAUACCCAAAAAAUUACCGGUGAUUGAUUUCCGAUGUUUGAUUAUUUAAGAAUGAAAUGUUUUUUGGUUUUUAAUAGUGAACAUUUAGAAAAACGUAUAACUUGACUUAAAUAUGUUAAAAAAUUAGUUAGAAAAAAAUUUUGUUAAAUAUGUUAAAAAAUUAGUUUUAAUUUAAUAUGACAUUUGUCGAUAUGUCCCAACACUAACAUUUUUGUAACUCGAGAUAACCUUGUAGAGACGUCGUUAAUACUCUAGCUUGAUUUUUAUAAUUUCGAAUUACAACUUAUUGGUGUAAUUUAACGCUGCAUUUACACGAAAUUAACAUUUUUAUUGGAAGCACUGUCGUCGAAAAUAUUGUUUGUAGGUCAGACGUGAAUUAUUUCUUGUCCGCCAAUAUUUAGCUCUCAUUGAUCGCUACUACAAAGUUAUGUCGUUACUUUUGAUGGCAGCUGUCAUUCUAAUCAAGCUAUAUUGGAUAGACUAUAAUAAUAAAUGUAGUAUGUUGAGUCCUUUUAAACAAAUGCUAAAAAGUUAUUGCACAACUCCUUAUCAUAUUACAUCAAGUCAAGUUUUGAUGUUCCUUAACAAAUUCGAAAUCUCUAGAAAGUUAUGGAAAAUUCCCUCUUUCUUUUAACAUUUAAAAAAACAUGAAUUUAGCACAUUCAUGCUAAAGAUUCCAGUUAUGCAAUAUACUUGACCUUGAUUGACCCUUAUGUCAUAUUAAAAAUGCAAAAUCAUACUUAAUCAUGAUAUCAACGUCAUCCGUUAGAUAAGCUAUACGUGAAAUAUCAGCUUAAUGGCUUUAUCAGAUAACAAUUGAUUAUAUUAUCUUUUUAAGAGCUUGUUUAUACCUAUUUGUCUCUUGCUCUCUAGAAACAAUUUUCAGGAUCUAAGGACAAUUUUAGACACCAUUGCCGACUUUAUGUGACAAACUAAUUAAUGUUAGAUCAUCAAUAACUUUAAAACCAAACAAAUAAGUAGUUCUACUAACUUGAAUAGAAAAUUAUUUAGAAGGAGAAUAUGGGAUGUAAGGUUAUGGUUGGCAAAUCAGUGAGUUUUGGUUUCUGUGUUAAAAACUAUGAAAUACGAAACUGCUCCUUUUAUGUCUCCUUUUAAUCACUUAUACACAAAAAAAAAUGUAUACUGAUCUUCUGGGCAAGCUGAGACUCCUAGAUAUUAUUUUCUCAAGUUCGAAACAUUGGUUUAAGUUCGCACUACACAUUUUUGCUAACCAGUUCCUUGCACCUUUCUCCCAUAUUUAAAGAGACUGUUUUAGUCCAGUAUGUUGUUGUAACCACUACAAACGUUGUACCGUGUAAAGUGGGAACUCGCGUAGUUCGCUCGUUACACCCACAAAUUUUGGCGAGGACGUAAUGGUGAUUGCCGUGCCAUAACUUGGCAUGCCAUUCACCAUUAUCACGAAUUUGCAUACAAAUAUUCAGUUUUCCCCUCUUUUUAUUGACUGACUUAUUUUUCAACUCUCUCUUUUUAUCUUGUUUAAGUUUAUUAUGUUUUUGUUUUUCGGAUCUAAUCGCGAAAGGUCUUGUUUCUUCUGAUAACUUCUUAUGAAUUGGCAUCGAUACCAUGUUGUUGAUAAUAUGAAUAUUUACAUUGUGUUUUCUCGAUUUUAAACUGAUCGGUGCACAGGCUGAUUCCCGCCCUUACUCAGGGAAGGUUGUUACUGUUUAAGAAAACUGUAUUCUAUCCUAGAACCUUGCUCAUUCUUGUGCAUGUAUGGAUGGCUGCCUGUUUCUGUAUCUGUAUGACUGUAUUCUACAUCAUUUCAUGUCUCUAUGCUAUGUAAUAAAACUCCGUUUAAAAUAAAAUCUGUAAAUAUCAGUCAGUCAUUUUCGUAAAUACGUCGAAAGCCUAGCGAUUCUUUGAGCAACACUCAUCCAAUCGAAUCGAGUAUUAAAAGUGAACAAUCGAUUGUUACCGAGUGUUUUAUUCCCUGCACUUUUCAAUAGAGUUGGGAAUAAAACUGCUCAUAGGAUAGCAUGGCUUUUUACGGGGAAUCCAUGAAUAUUUGUUGCAGCUUUUAAGUGAUAAGGGGACGCGCGCACUGAGUUACCGCACGGUCGGCCCAUGACACGGGCAUGUCUGAACGAGGUAAGUAUGACACGUGGAUAGAACACAGGUUUUCGAGGCAUCGAGUCUUUGAAGGAUUUAAAGAUAUUCAACUCCUAUUCUAUUCUGAGUAUGAAUAUGUCUUGAUAAUAAGGUUUUCAUCCACUCAGCUGAGAUCAAUGUUUUAAACUGCAAUAAUCUUGACCGUUAUAUUUAGCUACGUACAAUAUGUAUUUCUGCUACCUUUUAAUUUUGAUAGGUACUUAUUUACUUAUUUAUGGAUUUUUUAUAACAAUUUAGCAAAACUUCACACAUCUAUCUAAUUGACCAAGAUAUGUAAUAUUACGUCAUGUCAUAAUUUCUUGGAAUGUCUGACAUGCGAUCAUUGAACCUACACAUCUAACGCUACAUUUACAUAUAGGAUCAACUGGUAAGAGCGGCGCCAGUGGAAGGCGGCAUGGGAAUGCACCUUCUCCAGAAAAUGGGCUGGACCCCCGGCCAGGGUCUGGGCAAAG